AUGAAAGCUGUCAGACUCACCACUGUCGGCGAGGAGAAGCGCCUGGAGAUGCGUGAGGAACCACUACCGAGUCCGGGUCGCCAUGAGGUGUUGGUUCGGGUACACGCCGCUUCGCUGAACUUUCGCGAUCACGCAGUGCUAAACCACCCAUACGGCGCGGCUAUGAAGAAAGAUGUCAUUCCUUUGUCAGAUGGCGCCGUUGGCGAUCGGGUCGUUGCCAACUGCUUCUUGCAUUGGAUCGGCGGCCCGUUUCUUCCGGACUACCGCGCGGGCAGCGUCGGAUUCAGCGUAGAUGGUAUGUUGGCUGAAUAUGUAGUGUUGCCAGAAACCGCGCUCGUCCAUCUGCCCGCCUCCAUGUCCUACAUUGAGGCUGCCUCGCUGCCUUGUGCGGCCGGUGCCGCCUGGUCGUCGCUCAACCUUGCUACACCCCUCCAGCCGGGACAAACGGUGCUAAUCCAGGGCACCGGCGGUGUUGCACUGUUUGCGCUUCAGAUUGCACGAAUGUUUGGCGCUCGGGUCUUGGCAAUCACGUCGUCCGACGAAAAGGCGGCAAAGCUCAAGGAGUUAGGCGCGGAGUCUUUUAUCCUCGCUCUUACCGACGGCCAGGGUGUCGACAAAGUGAUAGAUAUCGCGGGGGAAAAGACUAUUGUCAAGUCUGCAGCAUCGGCUAGAAUCCGUGGCGAGAUAACGGUGGUCGGAUCGGCAAGCGGCUUGGGCGGCGCCUUAUCCCCGGUCGACAUCCUUUACCGGUCUCUCAUUAUCGGCUCCUCCACCAUUGGCCCCCGGACGAAUCCCGAGGCCCUGAUAAAGGCGAUGACGAUGCAUGGAGUACGACCGGUGAUCGAUCGGGUCUAUCCUUUUUCUGAGUAUCAGGAGGCGUACCGGCGAAUUCAAGGUGGAGGACACAUCAGCAAGGUUGUCAUCGAUGUUGCGCACUAG